AUGGAAGAGUCGAGCUGCCUCAACCCCAAGAUGGUCGCGUACUGCCAGGAAGUCAAACAAUUGGAGGAUAAGUUCGAUGGCCUCGAGCUCAACCACUUCCCGCAACAGCUCAACGAGGCAGCCGACACGUUGGCAAAACUAGCAUCGAGACACCAGCCCGUCCUGCCUGGCAUCUUCGCCAGCGACCGGUACAAACCCUCAAUCCGCUACGAGGAGCCAGGAAGGGCCGAGGGCGAGCCGCCUGCCUUGAGCUCGGGGGCUGGUCAACCACCGACCCCGCCUGACCCCGAGGUCAUGGAGCUCGACGAGGAGCCAGUGGCAGAGCCCAACACUCCGGUCGACUGGAGACAGCCUUACCUUGUUUACCUCCUCCGCGAGGUGCUCCCUACCGACCAAACGGAGGCUCGAUGGCUCGCACGCCACGCUAAGUCCUUUGUCAUCGUUGAAGGGGAGCUUUACAAGCAAAGCCACACCAGGAUCCUACAGCACUGCAUUCCGAUCAAGCAAGGUAACCAGCUGCUGAAGGAUAUUCACGGCGGGGUCUGCGGACACCACGCUGCACCGAAAACCCUGGUUGGGAACACUUUCUGCUAG